CUCAUUUCGCCUAAGAUGGAAGUUACCCAUUCAAUAGUCAAUCGCUAGUGAAUGUUAGUACUAGGCUUGGAAUAUUGGCUUUGUUCAGCCUUCGCUAUGCCAUGAGCGAUGCGGCUCGUUGUUUAUAAAGUCUGUAUCGAGUUUUACGAGGUACCUGUUUGUAUUCUGACUGCUGUCAGAGAGGGAUCGCACACACGGAAAACGUUUUGGAUAUUAAUAUAAAUAAGUUGAUUGCUUGGACAAAUGCGUCAAGCGAGGACCAGAUUGUAUUUGACAGCCCCGCAGCGCUUCAACAAUCUCCGUUCCAUUAAUUCCCGACCAGCCAUCUAAAAUCAAUAAUUAUGUUUGUAAAAGACGAUUCGAACGUACGGAAUAUGCACUGAUGCUCAUGUUGGUUUAUUCAAGCGUCAGCACCAGAGCCAGCCAGUAAGUCGGCUUCUUAUGACAACAACACCAUCGGAUGCAUUAAUAUUUGUAACACGAGGUUUCACCAUGGAAACACUAUCUAGCGCAAUUAAGGAUGUACAAAAUACAACCGGAGUAUAUGUAUACGAACUACUGUGCACCAUAGAUAACAGCUCUACUCAUGAAAACGACACUACGGAUGCAAAUACAAAUUUACAGAUGGCCAAACAGCGCUCUAUGGCUGUGCCACAAAUACUGAUGAUCACAUCGUAUAUAUUAAUUUGCACGUGCGGAUUGAUCGGCAACGGUUUAGUCAUCUACGUAGUGCUUCGUUUUUCGAAGAUGAAGACUGUUACCAAUCUUUAUAUAUUAAACUUAGCCAUGUCAGAUGUGCUGUUUCUUAUAAGUCUGCCUUUCCUUGUUACGACGACUAUACUUGAACACUGGAUCUUUGGAAAAGCAAUGUGCAAGAUAUUCUUCGUGUCUUUUUCAAUAAACUUUUUUACGAGUGUGCUAACAUUAACUGCUAUGUCUGCGGACAGAUAUCUUGCAGUAUGUCAUCCAGUGAGGUCGGUCUACUACCGCACAACACGCAUUGCUUUUUUCGUGUGUAUAAGUAUUUGGUCCAUUACAUUCUUUGUAAUGUUACCCAUCAUUCUUUACUCAACAACUGUAGCAAACCCUAAAAAUCCCAAUCUGGAACGAUGUACAGUUAUAUGGCCUGAUAAUCAACCAAUACGCGGACAGAAAGCUUUCACAUGGUACACUUUCUUGUUGGGUUUUCUAAUCCCAGUUACUUUAAUAUCGGUUUUUUAUAUGUCUGUAGUGCUUCGCCUAAAAAGCGUUGGUCCCAGGAAAAAGUCAAAAGAGCGUAAAAAAUCCAACAGGAAGGUCACUCGUUUGGUUUUGGCUACGAUCGGCGUGUACGUUAUUUGUUGGUUGCCAUACUGGUGUUUUCAAAUUGACUUGACAUUUAAACCAGAAAAUGCCGAACUGCCAGAGUGGAAGAUUUACAUGUUCAACGCAUUUACGGUACUGUCGUUUGCGAAUAGCAUGAUCAAUCCAAUACUGUACGCAUUUCUGAGUGAAAUAUUUAGGAAAAGCUUUCUGAAAGCCUUUAACUGUACGCGAUUUAUAGAAUCAUCAAAAAGUUACGGUGCAGACACUAGCGUUUUACCACGCUCAGCGAUACGAAAAGAAAACGGAGGCGAUGAAAAGUUCGAAUUCACUUCAAUGGUGAACCAGACCGAAAAUACGUGCAUGCACACGAAUAAUGCUUUCCAAAUGACACCUUUAUCUGUAGAGAAAACAGAACCGAAUGAAAACGAAAUGAUGCUGGGAGAUGAAUUGGUUGUCCUUGUCGACAAGGAAAUACAAACAAAGCGAGCUGGACAAGACGAGUAGCAUAACUGUUGAAUAGUUUGAAAUGUCUUGAGAUAUAUAUUUUAUUAUCAAUUAUACCGUAUUUUACUUACGCGUUUUAUGUGUGUAAUAGUUAGAAUGUUUAUGUAUUGUUGUAAUGUAUAAUAUAGUUCAUUUUAACAUACUGCUUGUUCUAGUGUUUCAGCCAUUGCUUUGUGUUAGAUUCAUCAUAAUUUAAUGUAAAAAACUCACAUUUUCAUACUAAUAUAAUUUAAAUGUACGAGUGUAUUGCGGUGUUAGAGUAAGAUACUUAACAUAAUCAAGGAGUAAAUAUUAAUUUGAUUUAUUUGUCGAAAUUAAUAUUGUAUUUGUUAUCA